AUGUCUCAAGACCUCACAUACGCAGAGGUGUCGAAGCACAACACCAAGAAAGAUCUCUAUGUGGUCAUCCACGACAAGGUCUACAAUGCCUCAUCUUUCGUCGACGAGCAUCCUGGCGGUGAAGAAGUCCUCCUCGACGUAGGAGGUCAAGAUGCAACCGAAGCCUUUGAAGACGUCGGCCAUUCAGAUGAAGCCCGCGAAAUCCUGGAGGGCCUCAUUGUCGGCUCCCUAAAACGCGCUCCGGGUGACCCAGCCCCCAAGGUCGGUGCCACUGACAAGAUUGCUGCUGGUCCCGGCGGAAGUUCCGCAGAUACCGGCACGGGUGUUGCCAUGUAUGCUGUUCUUUUGGUCGGUGCGGCCCUCGCAUAUUUCGGAUACACCUACAUGCAAACCCAAGAUAAGAAAUAG